AUGGCACCGGUCCUCGACAUUGCAGCUUCUCUAGCUGCCACCAUCGGCCUCCUGGGUGGCGAUGCUUCUAUCACUGUCCCAGCGACCGCCACAGGUAUCGCCACCGCUGACAUCACGACCCACGGACCUUAUGAGGGAACCGCAACGACAACAGGCGCCGAGCAUGCUUCGACCACGCUCAGCGCAACGAUCUCGCCCUUGCCAAAGACCGCCACCUACUACAACUACAACGGCAAGCUCCAGGAGCCAGAAGUCAUUCCAUACCAGCCAUGGGGUGGCAAGGGCUACGACAAGACGCCAGUCUACCAAGUUGAGAGCGAUCACGACUUUGAGUCCCUAGCUCUUGGUAUCCACCAGGAAUUAUCGCCAACGACACAAAUAAACAACAAUGACGACGACGACGACAUGGUCGGUGGCUCCGGCCAGAACAUCACACCCAACGACGACAACGACGACGAUGAAGUCGGCGGCGGCGACUUCGAUAUAGGCUCCGGCCACAACAUCACUAACGACGACGACGACGAAGACGACACGGCUGGUCCCUCCUCUGCCGCACCGCUGCCUGCUCCCAAGAAGAAGAGAGGUCGUCCUGCGGGUACGACGAAAGUCACUCGCAGGCGACCUAUGGUCGCUAGCAAGUGGUGGUCGUGGUCUGCUGCGAAGUGGGCAGCUUACGAGCUGAAUGCUCAUCUUGAUGAGAACGCUACUAGCGAGCUUCGUGAAGCUACGCACGUCGGCAACAUCAUGGAGCGCCCUGAGCUUCGUGAAGCUCGCCCAACACUAUGCCGUCGCUGUGUUGGCCGUGUCGCCGAGGGUGACACGAGUGAUGGGUGCUGGCGUUACUCUGUGGCUAGUCGUUCUGCUGUCGGCGUUCGCGUCGACGCUGUGAAUCGGUAUGCCUGGUGCCGCCACUAA